AGCACAUCCCCACCGCACUCCACCCACCCCAGCCGGCCUCACCGCGCACCAGGCACGCCGCUCCACCGUGACGAUGGCGCCCGUCCGAGCAGCCCUCCUCGCCUUCCUCGUGGCCGCGCUGCUCCCGCUCGCCCUGUCUCGUGGGCAGGGGCGUGGCCCGCAUCUGCCGGGGCACGGCCUGGUCCAUCGGCACGGGCCUGGCAUCGGUCACCACGCCCACGCGCCGCUCGGCGGUGGCGCCUGGGCCUCCGCGCACGCCACCUUCUACGGCGGCGGCGACGCCUCCGGCACCAUGGGUGGGGCGUGCGGCUACGGGAACCUCUACAGCACGGGGUACGGCUCGAACACGGCGGCCCUGAGCACGGCGCUCUUCAACAACGGCCUCAGCUGCGGGGCCUGCUUCGAGGUGCGGUGCGACCCGGGCGGCACCGAGGCCGGCGCGCCCCACGCCUGCCUCCCCGGCUCCACCGUGGUGACGGCCACCAACUUCUGCCCGCCCAACUUCGGCGAGUCCUCCGACGCCGGCGGCUGGUGCAACCCUCCCCGCGCCCACUUCGACAUGUCCCAGCCCGUCUUCCAGCGCAUCGCGCUCUACCGGGCCGGCAUUGUCCCCGUCUCCUACCGCAGGGUGGCGUGCCAGAAGAAGGGCGGCAUCCGGUUCACCAUCAACGGCCACUCCUACUUCAACCUCGUCCUCGUCACCAACGUGGGCGGCCCCGGCGACGUGCACGCGGUGUCCGUCAAGUCCUCCCGCUCGGCGUGGCAGUCGCUCUCCCGCAACUGGGGGCAGAACUGGCAGAGCAACGCGCUGCUCGACGGGCAGGGCCUCUCCUUCCGCGUGACGGCCGGCAACGGCCAGUCCGUGAUCUCCAACAACGCCGUCCCGCGCGGCUGGUCCUUCGGCCAGACCUUCAGCGGCGCCCAGUUCCACUGAGCACCUGCAUCAUCCAUCCGCCGAAGCAGUACUAUCUUGUAGUAGUGGUCAGUAGUGGUCGUCGUCAACCUCCCGAUUGGAGCGUGCUGGGAAGCGCCAUGGUUUUAUGGAUGGUUCUUCCACAAGCAUCCGACGCU